UGUGGUUUCUGGUUAAAAACUGUUUCAGAAAGAGUUUAACUGAAGACCUACAACACGCAGAGAGUUUUCAGUCUCAUUGUGUUCAGACUCUUUUUGCCAAACAAGAUGCUGCAGAGAAUCGUCGUGAUCACCCUGCUGAUAUCCUCAGCUUGUGCUCUUCACUGGGAAAUGCACAUAAAAGAAUCUAUUGGAAAUCAACUUGAAGAAAGCUCUGGCGAGAUACAAACAGAACAACUCCCUGGAUUGUGCUGGGCUUGCAAGUGGGCCAUGGGGAAGCUGAAAAAACGAAUCUCCAAUGGGACAACUGCGGAUGAAGUUAAAAAGAAGCUUGAAAAUAUCUGUGAUCGGAUUGGCUUCCUGAAAUCACUGUGUAGGAAGUUUGUGAACAAGUACAUGGGCACUCUGAUCGAAGAACUUUCAACUACUGAUGACGCCAAAACCAUCUGUAUUAACAUUCGUGUUUGCAAGAAAAAGGAAUAGAGUUAAUGACCUUAAGGAAUCCUUGAUAAAUUGAAAAAAAUGCUUUUUUAUUUGUUUGUUUCUAAAGGGCUUUUCACACUGUACUUAACCCUGAGUUACUGUCAUUCUAAACCCAAUUUUUAAACCCAGGGAAAGGAAUGUUUCACACUUAUAAUUGAGAAAAUGAGUUAGAACCACUUUUUGAAACGAUGUGGUGUUAGAAUGUUACGUAGACAGUAAUGUAAACCCCAGGGAAUCAGGGGAAAACAUCUGAUAUUGGCAAAACAUAUUUGGCAAACAAUCCAAUGUGUACGACUAUUUGUGUUUCUGGAAAGCAGCAAAUUGAUUGAUUGUUGAUUAACGGAACAUUGUGAGAUUGCAGUGAACUGAAGAGAAUGACUGCUUUUAGUGAUUAUAGAGAGAUCGCUCUUUGCACAUUUUCUAUGCAUACCGACACAAACAGCUGUGCACUCAUACAAAUGCAUGAAUGCGAUAAAUGGAGAUUUUCACUUAAUAAUAGAUUACCUUUUUAAUUUGUUUCUUGGCAAACCCUAUCCUGAUAGCACACGUUCGUCACGGAGAUGUCUGUUUGACAUCUGCCUUUACAUCCGCAAGAUGUAUUUUUUUAGAUUGUUUGCUCAUCUGCAAUACGUCUAGGACGUUUUUUUUUUUUUUCAUUUCAGGGGUCAAAUAGAUUUUUUAUCUGAAGAUGCUUAUGAUUUAGAAUGAAUGUAAAACAGACAUCUUAAAGAUGUCUAUCAGAUGUUUGUACACAGCAGAUGCUUUCCAGAUGAAGAGAUCUUUAACAGACAACUGGCAGACGUGCGUGUGCUAUCUUGGUACCGUAUGCCUUAAGAACACCUGAAAUACCGAACGAGUUGCACAGGAUAAUUUUAUGAAAUUUGAAUCAUUUUGUAAAAAAGAUUGAAUGUCUCAAUUCAUUAAAUGGAAAGUUGAAAGCAUAUUUUUUUAAAAUAAUGUCUUCUUUUUUAAACCAAAAAAGCAGUUUACAUCUUAUGUUCAACAAAAGAACGAAACUCAUACAGGUUUGGAACAAAAACUGGAGGGUGAUUAAUUUUGGGUGAACUAUCCCUUAACUAUUUCAAGUGUGAAAACCCUUAAGCGCUUGCUUUAGCUGUAAAAGUUGGUGAAAUUCUGCACUAGAGCUAGAGUGCACUAGAGAUAAAAGUGUGAGAAUAGUGCUUCAGUAUAUAAUAGUUUUUUUGCGAAAUUAUCAUGUACUCUCAAGUUUAGACCAACUGUUUUGUAUGUUUUUUCGUUUUGCUUUUUGCAUUGAGCUGUAAAAUGUGUGUGGAAAAAUAAAACAUGUUUUGUCACCAGA